GUACAGUACGAUUGACCGGCCCCGAGGCGGCGGGUCUUUCGCUUUUCCUUCCUGCCUCUUGCCCGUCUCUUUCGAGAAGAUUUAAUCUCUUUUUCUCGUCGAGAGUUUCGUUUCGCCAAUUUUUUCCACGAUUAUUGGUUUAAAAUCUCGCGAAGAUCUCUCUCACCGCUAAACGCUGCCGCGCUUCAUUUCUUUGGACGUCGCCGAGGAAGAGGUGAGGUGAGGAUGACACCGUGAUAACCAGCGCGUCAAUUCUGGAUUACGCUCAAACACAAACGUGGCGUGCAGUUCCAGUCUCCCAAGUCUUCAAUGUUGGGCUACUAUCAAACGGAAUCCAUGGCAAAUUCAGCGAUAUCGAUGCCGGGACCAGGGCCGGGGCCGGGAUCGGGGACGAGGCCGGCACCGGGCGGCGGGAUGGAAACAACGAACUCGGUGAAGAGUCUGGUGUGCAGUCCGGAUCUAACGAUAUUUGCCACUUCGAGAUGUAACGGCGUGGAGAGCACGGACUCUACUUGUCCAACAACGGCGGAUUGCACCGGAAAGUACCAAUGUCUGGUUUGUCGGAAGAACUUUGCGCAGAAGAGCGUGUACCAGAGUCACUUGAGGUCUCACGGCAAGGAGGGCGAAGAUCCGUAUCGCUGCAACGUCUGCGGCAAAACGUUCGCCGUACCGGCGCGGUUGACGCGGCACUUUCGCACCCACACCGGCGAGAAGCCGUAUCAGUGCGAGUAUUGCAGCAAAUCGUUUUCGGUGAAGGAGAACCUCAGCGUGCACCGGCGCAUCCACACGAAGGAACGGCCGUACAAAUGCGACGUGUGCGGCCGCGCGUUCGAACACAGUGGCAAAUUGCACCGUCACAUGCGCAUCCAUACCGGCGAACGACCGCACAAGUGCAGUGUAUGCGCCAAGACGUUUAUACAGAGCGGCCAGCUGGUGAUACACAUGCGCACGCACACCGGCGAGAAGCCGUACGUGUGCGAGUCGUGCAAGAAGGGUUUCACCUGUUCGAAGCAAUUGAAGGUGCACACGCGCACCCACACCGGCGAGAAGCCCUAUACCUGUGAGAUAUGCCGCAAGGCAUUCGGCUACAACCACGUGCUCAAGCUGCACCAAGUCUCGCACUACGGUGAGAAGGUAUACAAGUGUACGAUCUGCAAUGAGACCUUCAACUCGAAAAAGACAAUGGAGCUGCACAUCAAGAAGCACCCGGAAUCACCGACGUCCCUCACCUCGACCAUCACCGACAGCGGCAUCUCCUCGCCAUCGGUGCCGAUCGGCUCGCCGAUCGAGCCGGACAUUGAAAUCUCUCAGGUUGGCACCGGUGACGCGGUGGGCGGUCUCGGUAGCAGUCUCGGUUCGGCCGCCCGUCUUGUUCCGGCAAGCCCGAGUCUACUCGGUAUCGCCGCCGCCGCCGCCGCCGCCGCUGCUACCGCCGACGACAAGGAGAAUCAUAUGAAGACUGAAGAGGCCUAUCCAGAUUCGACGACGAGUCCUUAUGCCGUUCAACGCGACUUGGCGUAUUAUUUGUAUUCUGGCAACAGGGAACAGCAGUAUUCGCAACCGGUGACGGCGCCGCCCGCCAACACGGCGGAAACCGUCCUCGGCAGCAUCGAGGAGCGUUUUCAGGCGAGCGUAGUCGUGAGCACGCCGCUGGAACCGGCGACUCAUCACCACCACGUAUUCUUUUAUCCCGAACCGGCGUAUACCAGUUUUGGUUUAACUCCUAAUGGCGGCGUUGGCCUCGACACCGCUGAUUGCUCGUCUCUACUUAAUUUGCCAGGUAACGAUGCGCGUCGCAGAGUUGAGGCCGCGCUGGAAGCGGUCGAGGAGGAACGUCAAAGGCAGGAGUACGAUGGUGUUGGGAUCGUCAAGAUCGACCGGGACCCCUUACUCACGCCGCCCAGCAGCAAUCCCGAGAGCCCAGCGUCGUCACCCGAUCUGGCAUUAGAUUUGGCAAUUCCGCCGCGGGAAACGCUGAUUCUGCCGCCCAGAAAGCGCAGCAAGAUGAUACUCCAGUCCAUGGAGAGCGAGUAUAGAAGUAACAACGGCCUAAUCGCGGCUUCGCAGAGGCAAAACUCCGUCAUUCAAUUCGCGCGAGCUUCAUACGGCAAAAUGGGAGGCGGAGAUUUGAAUCUGAAGAAGUCAUGGCAUCCAUCUACUAUGAAAAACAUGGAGAAGGUAAGGAAAGCGGAGCAGCAAAACAAUCAAGAAAAUAAAAGGAUAGCCGAAUUAAAGAGGCAGAUCGAAAUGGAGAAAGAUCGAGAGGAUAUGACAAAGUAUGCUAUGGAACAAGGUGUGAUAGAAAAGAAGGAUGAAAAGAAAUUGGAUUGGAUGUACAAAGGGCCGAAUCAAAUGGUCAAUAGAGAAGAGUAUCUACUGGGCAGGCCAGUUGACAAGGCCUUUGAACAAAUGCAACAGGCAGAGAAAGAGGCAGAAUUGAUUAAAGUACCAAAAAAUCAUGUUGAAUAUGAAUGCAUUCCACCUUCAUUGCGAUUUUUCUCUGGUAAUGAGCAAGUAGAUCUGGUUAGAAAAAUGCAAGAGGAUCCUCUAUACACCAUCAAGAAAAAAGAACUGGAAAGUAGGAGUCAGCUCUUGAAAAAUCCUGUCAAACUGAAGCAACUUAAAGAAUUACUGGAACAGCAGUCGCGUAAAAGCAAAAGUGAGAAAAAAAAGAAAAAGUCAAAGCGGAAAGAUAGCAGUGAGGACGAGGUUGAAUUGGAUAAGUUGCUAGUAACUAAAUAUAAACAAUUAAAAGAUAAUAUUAGCGAAAAAGAUUUGCUAAAAUCGAUGAAAAAAAUCAAAUAUAAACGAAAGAAAAAAUCAAAAAAGCAUAGUCACGAUUCGGAAAGCGAAUCAGACAGCAGUAACGACGACGUUUCUGUUAAGAUAAGGCGACACAAACGGCGAAAAAAACAAAAGAAACAUACAAGCGAUAGUGACAGCAGCAGUGAUAGUACUGAGAGCACUAGUAGUGAAAAUGUCACUCAACAUGAGAAGAAAGAUAAUAAAAAGGAAUAUGAUAGAAAAGGUUCGAAAGAUGAUAUAAAGAUAGACAAUGAACGAAUUAGGAAAAGAACAUUGAGCAAAUAUAGAGAUCCAAAGUAUGAGAGAAGUAGAAAGCAUGAGGAAGAAUAUAAUUUGAAUUAUAAACAGCGAUACGAGCAAAGCGAUAUGCAAAGAGAUAGCUCAAAGGAUAAUUACAAAAAUGAAAAAAAAUACUCUGCGGUAAAACGAAACGAUAUAAUAAUAUCGAAUAGCGAAAGAUCUAAAUCUACCUCCGAUAUUAAUCGCAUGAAAUUGAAAGAGGAUAGAAAAGAAGCAAAAUAUAGACCGAAAGCAAAACCGAGCCUUACCGAGAAGGAAAAGGAACAACGGCGACAAGAAAUGAUGGCAAACGCAGCGUGGCGCGAUAAAGAGAGAGAGAAAAAUGUGAAAAUGUACCGCGAGGAAGAGAAAAAGGAAAUCCAAAAUAAUUCGUACAACAAGGAUUUUAUCAGGAAACAACUGGUCGUCGCGACAGAAAUGGGCACUGUCGCAUCUAGGAUCAAAGCCAAUAUUAACAACAUACAACGUUCCGGUCGCGCAAUGGACAUGAAUUUCGCCAAGAGAUGACUUUUAUCUGCAAUCACAUAUACUUCAUACAAUUAUACAAUUUUUGUAUAGAAUAUGUAUAUCUGUUUGAAUGUAAAGAUAUUUUAAAAUAUACAUAUACUAUAUAUCUGAGAGAGAGCGAAAGCUUUGCAUUGAAACUUGAUUGGCGCUUUAUAUCAUCGCCGUGCUUUAUCUACGAACCUGAUAAUACAUAUAUACAUAGCGAGCUAUAUUACACGCCUCUACAUGUGAUACUUUUUUACUAAUAUUAUAAAUAAUAAUCUUUCUCAAAUCUUUAGCCUCCUUGAUAACCGACUCGUAUCGUUAUGUAAUUUUACACAUUUCUCGGGGCGAUUCGAUGACAUCGCUGGGAUCUACAAUAGUAGUCACGCAACCACCAGUAAGAACAUUGUUGACUACGGCCCUAGCAAGAUAUCCCGUGGUCACCGAAUAAUGUGCAGAGAAAAAGGACGAUUUAUCAUCGAUAUUUGAUAAAUUGUGAUCCUGUGAACAUAUGGCAAA